CGUCGUUCGUGAUCUUCAAAAGUCAUGCGUUUUGUAACAAAUUUAAAAUGUUUUAUUUGAAUGCAUAAAUCAUUGUAAUUUGUUCAUUUAUUUACCGUGAAUUGUUUAUUAAUAUCAAAUUAAAUUUAUUCACUCAUUGAUCAAAAUGUUUUAUUUUAAGAACUUUUUUCUCAGAUCUCAAAAUAUUUUAUUGAAUUCAUCUAAAUUUAAUAUCAUCCCUAAGAUUAAAAGGAACUAUGCUGCUCUACCAAAAAGAUUCUAUAAGAACACUGCAAUUUUAUAUUCUGAUGGGCAUUAUGAAAUAACUUUGGACCACAGGAAAUUGAAAACCCCUAAAGGAAAGGAUUUUAAAGUAGAAAACGAAAUUUUAGCAUUGUGUAUAGCUACAGAAUGGGACUCACAGUUCGGUGAGAUAGACAGAAGUUCUAUGCAUUUAACAGCGUUAUGUAAUACAGCUAUUGAUAAUGUUAACAACUUGACAAAAGAGGACAUAACUUCUAAUAUCCUUAAUUAUUUGGAAACUGAUACUCUUCUAUUUCAGUCUCAUAAUGAUGAAGUAUAUGAUGUACAGCAAAAGGAAUGGCAGCCUGUUAUCAAGUGGUUUUGUGAUAGAUAUGGGGUUGAAAUUUCACCAACUCGCGAUAUGAUUGGACCGGAAAUAUCUAAACAAACAAGAGAAAUAAUUGAACGACAUUUUUUGUCAUAUGAUUUAGCACCCUUACAUGGCUUCAUGUUUGCUGUCGAAGCUUUGAAGUCAGUUAUUCUUACAUUAUGUUGUGUUGACCGAAGGCUGUCUGUUGACCAAGUUGUUUUAUUGUCCCGAUUAGAAGAAGAGUAUCAGACUGGUUGUUGGGGAAGAGUGGAAUGGGCACAUGAUGUAAGUCAAUAUGAUCUCCAAGCAAGAGUUUCUGCUGCUGUGCUUUUCAUCCAUUUGAAUUCCAUGUCAGAAGAAGUGAAGUCUAAAUUGGGUUCUGUUCAUCGUUAAAUACUGCAGAGAAAUAAUUAAGUAAAUUAAAUUGAAAUUUGUUCUCUACAAUGUAGAGCUUUAUGUAUAAUAUAUGGUAAAAUAUAUACAUAUUAGUAUUAAUGU